AUGGCCUUUUUUGAUAACAUUGGAGCUGGAGAAAUCGCGACUCACAUCACCGCGGACGCUAAUAUGAUACGGCAGGUUAUUUCAGAGAGGGAUUUCCGAAAGCAAUUUCCCAUCCUUUGUCAAACCUUUCGAAUGUCGAGAUAUCGUUUCGUUCUGACGACUCAUUUUCCCAUCACUUCAACGUACAGCACACCUCCUGCUCAACCACAAAUCGCGUCGCCACCACCCAAGCGGCCACAGAAAGCAUUAAACCCGCCUCGGUUCCCCGUAUUUUUGCAAGAAUUGCGCACAAAGACCAUAGCGGGAAUAUAG